AGUAAAAACAUGGCUCUCCUGCGAAGCUCGACUGUGCUGUUGUUUUUGGCAGUCUCCAUGUCAGAGACAUUUGCAGAGAGGAUCAUUGGGGGACAAGAGGUUCAGCCCUACUCUAUCAAAUACCAGGCCUCCUUGACGUCCAGGGAUGGACAACAUUACUGCGGAGGAACCCUGGUGCACCCUCAAUGGGUGGUCUCGGCUGCCCACUGCUGGAAACCGAGCAGUCAGAUGAAGGUGGUGCUGAGUGAACACAACCUGAUGGUGAAAGAAGGAUUUGAACAGGUCUUUGAUGUCUUACGGUUACAUUUCAGCAACUAUAACUACAAGACAUUCAACAACGACAUCAUGCUCAUCAAGCUGGAUAGACCAGCACAGCUGAAUGCCAAUGUCCAGCCAGCUGAACUGCCAGAUGUGAACAGUCGUCUAGGUCCCAAUGACAUCUGCACAGUCAGCGGCUGGGGUGUGAUACAGAUUUACAGUUACUACCUGUCACCUGUGCUACAUUCUGUGGACGUGCAACUAAUGCCUUUAUGCUAUUAUUAUUACUGGGGGAUGAUCACUCCAAACAUGAUAUGUGCUGGAUCUCGGAUGGGGGGCAAAGAUUCCUGCCAGGGUGACUCUGGUGGUCCCCUUAUUUGCAAUGGCAAAUUUGAGGGCAUUGUCUCCUGGGGUAUCAGCUGCGCACAUCCAUACUUCCCUGGAGUCUACACCAAAGUGAGGAACUACGUCAGUUGGAUCGACAGGAUUAUCAAACAAUUUUAA